AUGUCUGACAUGGAGGAGAUUUUACAUUUCUUCAGCAACUUGGAGAAGAAAACUCAAGAGUGGGACAGUGACAGUGAGAAUUCAGAGCCAUCUGCUCUAGACAGCUGCAUCGCUGCCCUUCAGAAGCAAGAGGAACAGAGUGUGCUCACAGAGACCCUACUAUUUGAAGAGGCAACUGAAGGUCUUCAUCAGUUGUUAGCAGACAAACUUCCUCUUCCAAGGAAGUCUUUACUCAAUGUUAUUGUUCUGUAUGUGGAUGAGGAAGUGGGGUUGAAGGAUAUGUUGCCUGUGAUUGGCUCUUUGAAGCACAUGAGGGCAUGGCAUUCGGCACAGAUGAUCAUGGUCACUGAACACAGUGCAGGUUUCCUCUUUGUAUUGUUUCACACCUUGACAUUCUUCUACAGUGGUUUGGCUUCCAAAUCUGUCAAAGCCAAGCUACUCUUGGACCAACUGUGCACAUUGUGUGGAGAAGUGGGAGCUUGGUUUUCUUUUUCCUGUGUGAUAAGCACUGAAACUUUCCCAGCGGCCUCCCAGCUCAGCUCCUGCAAAUGGAGAGACUUCAUGUCCAUACUCCACAAGGACAUACCUGUGCCUGUUGUUGAGGUAAAAGGUGAGAGAGGCCACUACCUCUUCUUGGUGCAGGGUGCAGAGUCUGGAAGCUGCACAUUGCAAAUGAGAGUUAGAUUAAACCCAUACAACAGUCUCAUCUAUCAUAGCAGGAGCAGCACUGCUGACUGGAUGCAGUCCCUGCCAUGUCUCCGUGGAGAACAGUUCUUGCAAAGGGAGAGAAAGCUGGCCAACAUGCAGACUCUGGUCCUCGAAGAAUGCUGUCUACAUGUUCUACAAAACUAUGAGAACAUACAGAGAGCCCGGCAAAGAUCCAGGCUCUUCAGCAGUGGUUCCUCUGAAAGUCUGAUGGGGCCUGAAGAUAGCCAGAGAGGAGGUUCUACGCUGCUGGAUGCCAGAGAACUGCUCAAACACUUCACCCCUGAUGGACUGCCUAGCGGGGAACUACAGCCGCUGCCAGCUCUUAGAGGGUUAAUCAUACACACACACCAGUCUCCUGACCUCACACCCAGGAAGGUGACCAAGCUUCCUUUCUCAAAGGCCGCCAGAUCCCGCUACCAUGGAAUAGAGUUCAGUCUGGAUGAGCGUAAGGCCCUUGACUUUGUGAAACUGCAGUCUCGUCUAAUGAGAUAUGAGACCCAGAGUACAUGCUGUAAGGAGUCCUGCCCUGUGCCAUUUGCCCUCAGUCCUGUACCCUCCCCAGCCGUGCUGUCUGAACCGGGCAGCGUGCCCGACGAUGAAGCUCUGCACAGUGAGCCACCCCGUCUCCAACCACACAAGAGCUGUUACCAGGGAAACCACUUUCAAAGUCCUCAGCAAAUAUCAGGUCUUAAUGUGAGGUCUAAAUGCAGAAGUUAUGUGAUUGUGUGUCGUUCUCAUCCAUUGUUUCUGCUUCAGAUGCUGAGGGAGGUGGUUGUUAAGAAGCUCAAUAAACACGGGAUCAGCAUUGAGCACAAGUGCUUUGAAGCUUGAAGUCAAAGACUGUUUGACAUAUCAAAGUUUUAUCUGAAGGAUCUGAAAACCUCACGUGGCAUACAUGAGGAAAUGAAGAAAGCGGCCGCUAACAACUGUUUUGACAUAACCCGAGUUGAUGAAAAUGACAAGUUAAAUUGAUACAAUGGAUAAUGUUUUAUGCACAUGCGGUUCUCAUCCACAGGUGACUGAUUGGGUUGUGGAGAAAUCAUCUAAAAGAUGACUUAAUUUUGAGUUGGAAACACUGAAGGUAAACCUGCAGUAGAACACAGUCAUAAGAACAACAACAUGAUGAUACAAAGUAAAUGAAUGGAGCUUGUAGUAGAAAAGAGCUUCUAAUGCUAGAACUUCUCAGAGCAUUAAUUAUAGAACUGUUCCUGACA